CCGCGAACGGAGCGGUCGUUAAAGUCAGGUUCUAUUAUAAUUCCGAAAUGUGUUCUAAACCGCCGAAUCGAGUAUAGGGAUAUAAACUGAUCCUAAAAUAAGUAAAUUGUUCUACACUUUAGAGACAAAAGUUCACAUUGGAUAAUUGUCAUUUCAAAUAUGUCAAACACAAAAUACCAACUUAUUCCAACAGAGGAAGGGCUCUAUGAAAACAAGCCUUCAAAAUGGAUAACGAAAAUAGGCCUUAUAUGUGUGCUUCUCAUGAUAGUGGCGAUUUAUACUCUGAGUUCCGCCGGAAUUCAGUUAGAUAGCAGUACAGUGAAAUAUCCAAGCGAUUCUUCGAAUCCGUGGGAGAUCUCAACGGAAUCAAGCACUCCAAAUACUCCCAGUGUUUCGGAGGCAUUGGAUAAUCCGUACGAAACCUCUACUUAUGGUGCUAUAAAUGUGACAACCGUAACCCAAAAUUCAACUUUAAAUGCUACAAUAGAUCCCGUAAUCUUCCAAACAGAGAAAAGAUAUCAAGCGGAGGAAGAAGAAGAAACUAACCCGUAUGUUAGCAUUAGCAAUACUUUUUCACAUGUUACUGAGGAAUCGAAAACAGAACCUUCAUAUGAAUUAGAAACUAAGUCGGGAGUGAAAUACUUUGUGAACAGCGAUGGAUGCCAAAUGACCCACCCGAAUCCUUUUGCCAGCAAUAUCCUCAAAAUCUACAAAAAACAUAGCUAUAUAGUAUGCGACUCGAGUCGCGACAUGAUCACAGUGAACUUCAAUGAAACGGACAGCACCUACAGGCUUCAUAAAAUCGACAAUUCCAUCUGCUGCUACAAAAAGAUCCUUCGAGCAGGAGUUGCAGACAAGGCUGAUCACAGCUACAAACUGGGUCCGUGCGUUAAAAUCCAGCAGGACUUUUUGGUUCCCACUGAUGUGACAGCCAUGAUCGCUUAUUGCCACCGGCCUCCCCAUGAUUAUGCCGUGCAAAAGAACGUCUUCAGUUUCGUCCAUCCUCGGAAAGAUUCCGACAAAAGUCCCAAAUCGGCUCACGAAAAAAGGCCCAGCGUUUUGCUCUGGGGCAUCGAUUCCGUGUCCCGAAUGACCAUCGAGCUGACCAUGCCCAAGAUGUACGAGUACUUAAAAACGAGCAACUGGUUCGAGCUCCAAGGCUACAACAAGAUGGGCGAUAACACCUUUCCAAAUCUGAUGGCGGUGCUCACGGGAUUUAACAAAACCUUUGCGAAUGCGCAGUGCCGACCAGACAAAGUGGGUGGCCUGGACGCAUGUCCUCUGAUUUGGAAGGACUACCAGGCGAGGGGCUACACAACGGCCUUCGCCGAGGACUGGAGUCCCUUUUCCACGUUUGACUACUCCAGCAUGGGCUUCCUGCAUCCGCCGACAGAUGCAUACGGCAGACCAUUGAUCUUGGCUGCGGAGAAAGAACUUAAGGUGACUCAUCAGAGCCAACUACCUUAUUGCCUGGGACGAAAGCCCGCCGCCGAGUACAUCUACGACUUGGGUGUCCAGUUCACCAGGGUCAACCGGAACAGGACCUUUUUUGGCAUGUUUUGGACCAACACCUUUAGCCACAACGACUUCACUGUGACCUCUGCCAUGGAUGCCAAGAUGGUGGAGUACAUGCGAACGUUGGAGAAAAAAGGUGUGAUGGACAACACCAUCAUAAUCUUCUUCAGCGACCAUGGGUCCAGGUUCGGACCACUGCGGAUAUUGGACAGCGGAUUCGUGGAGGAGCGUCUGCCCUUUAUCUACUUCCAUGUGCCUCUUUGGAUACAGGAUAAGUACCCGAAGCUUUUGCGCAACCUGCGGGUUAACAAGAAUCGCCUCACCUCUCCAUACGAUAUCCAUGCCACCCUGAAGCACAUUCUUGAACUGGAUACUCCGCCGGAGAAGUUACCUCAUCCGGAUGCCUGUCCCUCCUGUCAGAGCGUCUUCUUGGAGAUGAACUGGUCCCGCAAUUGCUCCCAGGCUGGAAUCGAGAAGCACUGGUGCGCCUGUGACAGCUCCUUCGAGCUGCCCACAAAGGAUCCCAGAGCGAAGGUGAUGUCCACCCAGCUGGUGGAUGCCAUCAACAAGUUUGUGUCCAGCAAAAAAGGAACGAAACGCUGCCGUCGGCUGAGGCUUAACCGAAUAAUCUCGGUGCAGCAAAGGAGCAACUCAAAUCACUAUUUGGUGCAAGUUAAAGCCCAGCCAAGGAAUGCCAUUUUUGAGGCCACCGUGGACUGGGACCCAAGUGCCCAAACGAUCUCCAUCCGGGUGCCCAGCGUCAGUCGAUUGGACACCUACUUCGGGAUGUCGGGCUGCUCGUCCGUUAAGGAGACCAAAAAGUUUUGCAUCUGCUGAGUUGUAUCUGAAAAUCGUGGACAACCGCAAGACCGCACAAAAAAAGGAAGGAAAUAGUUACUCUAAUCUGUCGGAUCUCCGGUCCUUUUGUUCCCGGAACGUAUGGUGGCCUAUCGCUGGGGUUGAUCUCCGGGCGGAUGGUUAGUUGCUGGCAACUACUUCAGCAAAAGUAAUUGCGGCCAGGCGAUUGUGCGAAUGGAAAAUUAGCUGACAAUUACAUGACAAUUGUCAGAUACUCGGGUAAUUGCCUCGUGAUUAGAAAAAGGUUUCAGCUCAAGUUGGUUUUAAUCUUUGCAAAUAUUUCUGUUAGCUAGAUAAUUAAAUACAUAAUUUUAAGCGCUUAAUGGUCUUAGGUACCAUCAAAUUGCGUAUUAAAAGAAGUAAACAUAUUAUAUCACUUUUUAGAAAAAGUUGCAAGCUACUUAAGAAGUACGUAUAAAAAAUUCUCAUUAGGAAAUUUUCACCUCAGCUGAAGUAUUAUAAAUAAUAUUAAAACAAAUAAAUAAAAUAAAAUAUUUCUAGCCCACAUUCACUAUAAGAUUAAAACUUGCUUUUAAUAAUGUACAUACCCCAUAUAGCUUUUAAUUAAUGAAAACUUAAUAGCAAUGAAUGUUGUCAAUAAAACAAACGCUACAACGAACGUUGCUAAAACCAAAAUGUUAUCUGCAGACUUAAAAAUACAUAUAUGUAAUUCUGAAACAAGAUAAUUGUCAAACAAUUAAAUUUAAGAACCAGUUACUAUUUUGUUUUCAAUGAAAAUAAAGAAAGCUU